AUGAGUUUCAAAGUUACAGUCCUUUGCGUUGCUACUUUCCUAGUUCAGUGCAUCUCAGGCGAAAAUUGUGGCUGCAUCACAUCGCCCAACAACGGCGGCUUCUUAACUGUAAACAGCAACGGCCCCAUCAUUCCCUCCGGCCUCUCGCUUGGCGCGGAGCUGACCCUCGCCGGGGACUUAGGCCUCUCCGGCGCGCUGCCGUUCCUGAGCGCGGUGGCGUUCGAAGGCAAGUACCCGACGAGCGGGUCGGCGGCGGUGUCGUACGGCUGCGGGGACUGCGUGGCCAUUACACAGGAGCUUGGGAACCCGACCGGGAACAAUGCGAACAUCAACGGCUCCCCGUUUAUUAGCACGUGUGGUAGUAGACGUGCUUAA